AUGGGUCAGAGUACCUCGGAACAAGAGGUCCAAGAAGACAGCCCCAGUCUCACAGAGGUUGGUGCAAUUGCAGUUUUUAUUUUCCUGAUUAUUAAUUUAAAUUCAGCUCAAUGAAAGUAUAAAAGCAUGCAUACAGUAAAUGUGGCCAUAUAACAGGAUUUUUGCCACCCAGUGGGUGGGAAAGUGCUUCAGUAGAUGUGGGUUAAUCUGUGGACAGCUGUGGUGGUCCAGUUCAAAGUAAGUCAUAGCUUUCCACCAGCCAGCAUCCUGCACUGGUAUCUCCUAUCAGCUAAUGAGGAAAAUACUCUCAGGUUGAGUGUUCAGUGGAAAUGACACGCUGGCUGCACUGAUUAUAGUUUCCCUGUACUUCAGUGCAGACACGAAAAUGACUUUUAAAAGCAAACAAUGUACUUUACUUAGAUCAAACUCAGUGUGACCUUUACCAACAUGGGUCACAUGCAUGUGGUUUACAGACCCUUUUUCUCAUAUAAACUGAAUAGUUCAAUAGAGCACCUUCUUAGGUCACGAUUUUCCAUGUUCAAGCUUUUUUUAUUCCUGUGGGGAGGGUCUUUGAGCUUCCUUUAGUAAAGUUUCCACAUCUCCUGUCUCUUUUCAGCUUAUUGGCAUGCCCGUGUAAUCCAGUUUAGAGACUAUGCUGUCUUUAUUAUUAAAUUUCUUUCUAGCCUUACAUUGCUGUUCCAACUCUGAAAAUUAGUGAACCAAAUACAGUCCUUUUGCCCAAAGCUGUUCAUCACAAAACAUCUUGAGUUCCAUUUAAAACUCCACUACAGAGUUCAGAUCCAUCAGACUAGAUUUGGUCAAUAGAAUCUGACACAAAAAAGAGUUUGUCUGUGUCCUGCUGUGAAACUCUGUUUUUGACACUCAGUCUACCAGCUUCAUACAGACUGCAGGCUUCUGCUGUUUUUUUAGUGAUGCAUUUAGCUAACUCAGCUUUGGACUCGAAAUCACACACGUAUAGACUUGAAACAAUCAAGCUUUGAUUUCCAAACUCCACUGUGCCUUUUUGAAGCCUCUAGCUUGAAUCUAAAUUUUGUUUUCAGCAGCUUCAUCAUCCAUCUGUCAGGUCGACUGUCAUUAUCUUUAGUGUUCAGUGCUUUUUACUGCCAAAUAACCCUUAGCUUCUCACACACUAAUCAAUAACCACAGAUAUCAGGUAUGGAGCCUUAUUGGCUGUCAGCUAGAACACUAAAAACACAUAACCCCUGCUCUUAAAAUACUUUGUCUGAUGGCCAAACAAACACAGGCACAUGCGCACGCACAGUAAAACAAACAAGCUUAUCUUGAGGGAUCUUUCCACUCCCUGUAUUGAUCAUCUUGUUUUGAUGAGUGAAAGAGUUCCUCUCUGGAUUCACUGAUAAGGGUCUACUGAAUUGAUCUUUAAAGGAAAGAAAGAAAGACUCUACUUUCUAUGAGUAUUUGAGUGUUUAUCUGCUGUGUACAUAGAGAGACAAUGCUGAUGAUGAAUACAGAGAGGCAACUUCCUUUUUUAUGCUUCCCUCUUAUUUCUCUCUCUCAGGGUUUCUUUCAUGCUCGACUGCUUUCUGUCUCUUCUGUCUCACUCAAACUCAAGAUCCGUCUGUUUCUGUUACAUCUUGGUGGGAAGCUACAUCCCCUCACACCAGCUGUGGACCAUAUUAUUACUGACAUCCCUAUGUGGGGACAUAAAUACAGCCAUGCCACACAAGGGUGGGAUAUUCAAAAGAAUUUAAGGCCAGUGCAGACUGUCUGGAUCCCAUUAGAAGAGUACUUGGCUCAGUUUUAUACAUUACAGGUUGUCUUGUCGGUUGACCUUUAGACUUUAGACUCCAGAUCUCUCCAAAUCUGAUUGUUUCUUUUCUCUUUGGCGGCAUCUUUAUCUUUCCACAUCAAGUCUGCUCCUGCUUUUAUGACACAUUAAUUUAAUCCAUUGUUAUUCGUAGGGCUGUGAAGUCCUAAUUGACGGGUCGACCUAGUGGUCGAUUCAUGCUGAGUCGACCAAAAUUCUGAUUGGUCGACUCGAUUUUUUUCCUGGUCAAUUUACAUUCUAUGGUUAAUUUCCUCAGGAGGAACGUGCCAAGUGCUAAUAGAGGUGUUUUCAGAGCACCCUGUUUCAAAGCUAACAGCCUGUCUCAGACCCCCCCUUGUUUUCAUCAUUUUGGAUUCACCCAACCAGCUGGAGACCUGCUGAUGACAGGAAGAUUGAACAUCCGGUGGUUUUGAACAUAAUAUAUGUUUAAUUGCCCUCUCGUGCUGAUAUCAUGCUCAGAGCCCCCCCCCCCCCCCCCUUAAAGUACUCACAGGUAGCAAAACAAGAAUGAGUGAAACUCUGGAGAGCAAUGUAAAAGUUAAAACUUAGGAAACAUAUUUGUGAGACACACGUGUGAAGGCCACCACUGGAUGCCAUAUCUUCAUCCUUGACCACUCUGAUAUCCACACAUGUCUGCCUCGAGGGCAAAUCUCUUAUUUCCACAUUCCAUUACACUUCAGUGGAGGUGAAGCCUUUAGGCCCUGUUCAGCAUUUCACUCUUGAUAAAUGUCAGAAACACAAUAAGCAACCCCCCCUUCUUGGAGGGAUAUCUAAGCUUGUGGUUAAAAAAGCAUCUUUUUCUCUGUUACAUCAGGACGGGUUCAAUAACUUCAAGUCGUUUGUGGAGGAAGAACUACAGACAAGCAUGGUAAGUGUGUGGCGAGGAUUCAUUGAGAGAUUAAGUCCUUUUCACUUUGCAUUUGCUGUUGGUUCACCCCUGCAGGAAGUUGCAUUUCAAGCAAAGGUUUCACCAUAAACGAGCUACACUUCCACCAUCCCUGUUUAGACAUCAGUCAAACCAAGGCUCUUUGUGUCACAUGUCACGUUUUCCUGUUCAAAUUUACGUAAUAUCGUGUGCCAUGCCAAUCAACCUACCAAUCACAGACAUUUGCUGGCUUUUGAGUCCAAAUUCAUGUUCAAGUCAUUUUUUCAAGAAUAUUUAACAUGUUGGCAGAAGCUGCUGUGGGUCAAAAUACUGACCUUUGUAUGGGGCUAAACCUCCCUGCAGGAAAAGAGAGUGUUAUACAACAACAAUGUAAGAUUUAGCUGAACAAUGUUCAGGAAGUACAAGAAUAGAAAUGUCACACAUUUGAUACUUUGAGUCAUCUACAGCUUCAUUUAACAGCUGACUAUAAUGGUGAUAUUGACAAUAAUGGUCUUGAUGAUAGUAGUUGUGGUAGUAAUGAUGAUGACAGUAAUAAUCGUCAUAGUGAUAGUCACUGUAAUGGUCAUAGUGAAGAUAAUUAUAGUUGUUGUCAUUGUUAUCAUUCAUAAAACAGUAAGAUCAACACCAUUAAUUUGAUCAGGAUUAUUGCAGUGUCUAUUAGUGUUUGGUGUUUCUUUCUUUCAUUUCAUUCCUCUGCUGUGAAGCUCUUUAGAUCAACCUCAUUGUGUUUAUUGUACCAUUUAAAUAAAGUGGAUUUCAUUUCAUUGAGUUUGAGCCACAGUUUAGUUUAACAUUGUGUCUUUAUACAACCUGGAUACACAUGAGCUCUUUUCCUCUUCUCUUCAGAUGGUGGGGAUGGUGAUUGGUGCGGGCAUCGCCAUAGUCCUCAUAGCGAUCCUUAUAUUCUUCAUCUUGCGAAGAAUACAGCUUCGAAGUCAGUAUGACCUUAGAGCACAGCAUGAAAGUCUUGUAAUUACAUACAAGAUGUGUGUAUUUAUAUUUCUAUACCUAUUUCUUCACUUCUUUGUAUGUCACAGACCUAGAAGCUCAGGAGGCCCCCAAAUACCGUUUUCGCAAAAGGGACAAAGUCAUGUUCUACGGGCGAAAGAUCAUGCGCAAAGUGAGUGUGUUUGACAGAAAACAGUUAUACUUUGAGGUUACCCCUGACUCCAUUUAUCCACAAGAGCAGCAGUCUGGAGACUACUCUUUAAAAUAAUAUGUUUCUCAACAGGUCUCACAGUCUACCUCUUCCCUGGUGGGUACAUCCUCGUCCUCAAGGCCACGCUUAAAGAAGAAGCAGAAGAUGCUCAACAUUGCCAAAAAGUACAUCAAAAACCCAGUUUCAAUCUCAGUUUAAAAUCAGUCACUGGCAUGAACAGUUCACUGCCACUCUUUGCUAUUUCUUCGUCUUAUUCUCACUCUUCUCCUUUGUAGGAUCCUGCGCUUUAAGAAGGAGGUGCCCACCCUACAGGCCAAGGAGCCCCCUCCCUCGGUGCUGGAGGCUGACCUCACAGAGUUUGAUGUGGCCAAUUCCCACCUCCCAUCUGAGGUGCUCUACAUGCUGAAAAAUGUCCGGUGGGUUGGAUUUCUAUUCAAGUGGUGUUGACUGAACUUGCAAAAGGCCAACAUGUUUAAACAUGGCUAAGAUGAUGAGUGGGAUUGAUAAGUAACUCUUGCAAAAAUGCAAUGAUCACUCCCACAGACUUUACCUCCAGAUUUGUGUCUCUGCUGAGAAGGGGUUGCAAACUGCAAACAAAUAUGUCUUAAACCCUGUGUUGUCAUCCACUGCAGUGUGCUGGGUCACUUUGAGAAGCCCCUCUUCCUGGAGCUGUGUAAGCACAUGGUGUUUGUGCAGUUCCAACAAGGGGAGUACGUCUUCAGGCCAGGCCAGCCUGACAACAGCAUCUACGUGGUUCAGGAUGGAAAACUCGAACUGUGCCUUACUGGAAUGGUAUGCAAGCUCAUGUGUGCAUGCAAGCCCUUUUUUCUAUAGUAGCUGUGAAUUAUAUCCUAGAAGUAUUUUCUUUUUGCUUGAGGAUUAUGAACAAAGUAUUUUGCAGUAAAAGCUCAACUCACAAGGGUAAGCAAGCUUAAAGGGGCUUAACUAUGGCUUUGACAGUGUUUGUGUUAAUCAACAGUUGACUUCGAUAAUCCCUGUGGGGAACUAACAGGAUAUUAUUGCAACAAAUAAGAGCAAAAAGGUAUUUUACAGUAUAAAGUAGAGGUGGGUGCAAUUCAUCUAUGUGUCGAUGCAUUGUGAUGCUUCACGCGACGAUUCCUCAUCCAUUAAUUAACGUUGAUGCUUUACUGUAAGGCCGGAACAAAAAAACAUGUAACUGGAACCUUAACACGUGUGACGCCUGGACUGUUUAGCGAGUGGGACCACAGCAAACAGAGCAUGUUAGUUUCUUUGCAAAAUGGUAACAGCUUUAGCAGCCUCCAAAGAGCGGCCGAUUCUCUCGCUACCAGGGUUGACUGCAACCGUCUGGAAGUACUUUCAAGUUUAUGGGAAAGCAAAAAAGACAACUGACUAGACCUAUGCAAUUUGCAAGAUUUGCAAAGCAAAAGUAAAGUACCUCAGCAUUAACACCACAAACAUGAGGCAGCGCCUUGUACGCUUUCAUCCCGAAACAGAGAAGGUUCCUCCCGCUACACAGAGGACCAUCCUGGAGACUGUCUCCAAACUUUCCAGUUUUAAGUUAAGUAGGUCCAAGUGCAAAUGUUUACAUAACAGUCAAACAGUAAUGAAAAAAAAUAUUUUGUCUCUUUGAAAAAUGCAAGUCAAAUGUUCAAAAAACCUUGUUAUUUUUGUACUUAUUGAGUGUAGUUUUAGAGUAACUGAGUUCAUUGAUAGGCUAUUUAUUUACAAAUGUAGCCACAGAUGAGGAUAAAAUCAAUCUUGUAUGGAAAAAAGCAUCAAAAAUGGCAAUAAACGAAGAAUUGUGGCACCAAUAAUCAAAUCGAAUCGACAAUCAUUGUAAUUGAAGAAUUGAAGCUCCCAUAAUCGAUUUGAAUCAUGAGGUACCCUUGUUGGAACAACCCCAAUAUGAAGAGGGAUGGAAAUAUCAAUUAAGGGCUUACUAUCCUGUAUAUCUUUAUCCUAUCUACCUAGGUUACUUGUUUAUUUACCUCAACAACUAUCUUUUUACACAUUCCAGGAUGGCAAAGAGAGUGUGGUGAAGGAGGUUUACCCAGGCGACAGUGUCCACAGCCUCCUCAGCAUCCUGGAUGUCAUCACAGUAAGGCACACCCACACAAGGGGUACACACCACACAUGGUCCCUACACACACACACAAUCCCAUGACUCAUCUUGAACAACAUACUUCCUGACUAUCAGUGUCUGGUUUGACUGCACCCACCUUCUCUCUCUUCACGUCAUUGGCCACCUGACUCAUCGACUUAUCCCAUGACUCGUUAGACCCUCUUACACGGCAUGUUCAUGAUGGCACUGUUACACCUAUAUCAAGUUCAAAACAACAAUUUAAAAGUUUUCCAUUGAGUGGACAAAUCAUGAUUAUUGUUGUCCACUAGAAUUAUCUUCUCACUCAAUAUAUAUGAAACCGUGCCUCCUUAAAUAUUCUUUGGGAUCUUUCCGUAUAGGGACACCAGAAGCCUUACAGAACAGUGUUGGCUCGGGCUGCAGAGGUGUCCACUGUUCUGCGUUUGCCCGUAGAAGCCUUCCUCUCGAUAUUUGAGAAGUACCCAGAGAGCCUGGUGCGAGUAGUGCAGGUAAACUGUGUGUUUAAUUCUGUGGAUUUACUUUAUACUAUAUGAAUAUUUUUGCAUUUUUUGGCAAUACUCAUGGUUAUAAAAAGAAUGCAUGCAGUCACAUAGCUGAUAUGGUUUUGAGGAAGUCGUCUGUCACUUUGUAUUUCUGUGGUCAGUAAAAUGACUCAUCCUGUUGUAUCCUGGUCAGAUUAUUAUGGUUCGUCUCCAAAGAGUAACAGUCCUGGCUCUGCACAAUUAUCUAGGGCUCACCAAUGAGCUCUUCAGCCAUGUGAGUAUGUCAUACACGCACCCACGCAUGCACGCACGCACACACACUAGAGCUGCACGAUUUAUAAAAUCUGAUAAUUUGAUUAUGACUAUGUUAAAAAAUUUAAUAUUGUCAAAAUAGAUUUUCCUCUUUAUCAUGUCUUGCGCCUCCAGGCCACCGCAGGCUCCCCCUUCCUGCAGGAGUGCUCCCAAGUUCUCAGACACACCAGUGUAUACAAACAUGGCAUUUGCAAAAGAACGUGAUAAUUUCAUGGCUAAAUAGGACAAGAGAGAGUCAGUUGUAUGGAAAUUGUACGGCUUCACAGUUUUGGAUGAAGAGCAAAACCACUUCCCUAUGAAGUCUGUCUGAAGGCGGUAUCAGCUCGUCCACAUGUAAACGAAUUCAGGAGUAAACGCAAACGGUGUUUGUCAUACUGGCAUUUCAUCCACUCAAAAACAGUGUUUCGGGUGACUGUUGAAGGUACUUUUUUAAAACCGGUCGUAGAGUACAUAAAUCUGUAACUACCAUUUCAUAUUCUUAUGGAUGCCUAUCUGCAUCUUUUAAAACGAGUAUGUCACAGCGUAACUCUUUAAUGGUAAAACAAGCUUGCUCUAUACAUUUCUUCUGUCUUUUGUGCAUUUCCUCGGCAGCCUUACAGCACAACUUACUGUCUUGGCAUAUGUUUUUGGUAGUUUGGUCUUGAGAGAUGAUAGUAAAACUUAUUUAAGUGGAUGAAGUUGUCACUGAAUAAAAAAAUCGAAAUCUAAAAAUUGAGUCUUCAGAGAAAAAAAAAGGGGAUUUCAUUUUUGGCUGAAAUCGUGCAGCCCUAAAACACACCCAGCACACCAGACAGCCCCAUGCAAACAUCUGUUGGUAAUGGGGUUUGGCAUUUUUCAGGAAUUGUGCAUUAUUAUCUCUCUACACACACACUUUGUAUUAUGUUUCAGUCAUGUAAUCAUGAUAUUGUGUGAUAUUCGUAUUCUUUAGCAUUACAAAAGACAGAAUAUGGUUGAACUGUACCGCAUGAAAGUAGGAAAAGUCCACUGAUAGCUGAAGAAAAAUGUUUGAUUUUUUGAUUAUACAACUAAGAGUUUUGACACAUGCUUCAUUUCGAAAAUCACCCUCACCCCUGGUCUUUUUAUGUCAGAGCUAUCCCCAAACUCUCCUCAAAUACCAUGACUUUGCAUAGUCAUUGUGUCACUUUUUCCAAUUGCUUAUACACGCGCACACACACACACACACACACACACACACACACACACACACACACACACACACACACACACACACACACACACACACAUACAACAUAUAUACAAAUGAGCUCUAACCACUCAUAUUUGAUAUCCAAAAAGGAAAUGCAGCCCUCACGUCUGCCACCUCCUUCUCCCCACCCGACACGCACCAGUCCAAUCCGCCAUGGCAAACGCUUUGGCAGCCUGACAGUGCCUGAGGAGCAUCGAGAAGCUGCCAUUAAGGGAGAAGCUGCAGGUAGGAAGGAAAACACUGUAGAGACAAUGACAACAGGAUGAUUUACUUGGGAGUUUCAGUGAACAACUUUAUGAGCACAGUCAAAGGCAGUCUGAAAGAGCAAGAAAAUGGAACCUCACCUCAAUGUUUUGAAUCGAGUACACCUGAUAGAGAAUCAUCAUGAAACCUCAGUUUUCUUCAGUGUCUGUUUUUCUAUUAUCUGCAUGCUGGAGGCUGAAUCUCUUGUUUAUUUAUUUAUUUAUUUUUUGUACGUGUGUGUGUGUGUGCGUGCGUGCGUGUGCAUGUGUGUGUAUGUACAGGAGGGGAACAAGGCAAGGAUGGAGCAACAAUGCCAACUCUGAGCAGAACCAUCUCCAUGCCUGUUGACAUUGCCGGUAAGAAGCUUUUUUUCUGUUAUGAGAAAUCAUGAUCUAUCUAUCUAUCUAUCAAGUUGCAAACUUUCCAACUCAGUGAUCACAUUCUGGUUCAUACUGUCAACAUUUUGUCUCUGCAGGUAUACAGAAAAGUCUGAGAUCAGACUUUGACAUGGCAUAUGAGAGGGGGCGGAUCUCUGUCUCAGCAGAGGAUGGCAACACUCCACCUACUUUUACCCGGGUCAGUUUUGAGUCUUGAGACGCAAAUUGUUGAAGGUUUACUUUGUUGAUCUCGUCAUAUUGGUUUUGCACCAGCAGCUUUAGAGGCGUUAUGAUCAGAUACAAAGUUUCCACAGAGCAUGAGUGACAACAGAGUGAUCCAGUUGUAGUUUCUCUGACAAAUAUACAGAUAAGAGAGCCUGAAAAGAUUGAAAAUAUUAGAUCAAAUACACUUUCAGAUUGAGAUUAAUAAAAAAUGACCUUUUAUGAAUAUUUUCUCAGUCUACAUCCCAGGACCAGCGGGAGAGGAAGGUUACAGUGGAUGAGGUUCCCUCUGGGAUCUAUCUGUAUCCUGAGGAGGAGGUGGUGGUGGACAAUAUUUUUGCACCUACACCCAGUCGCUGCAGUACAACUCUGUUUGAGGAAGGACAGAAAGAAGUCCUGAAACUUAUGAAAAUUGAGGUUUGUGUAACUGUUUUUAAUUAUAAUGAAUGUGUCUUUGUGUUUGAAUGCAGUGAGACACCACAUGGCACCUAAGAUAACAUAAAUCAUUACUUUUUUGUUCAAUACACAUUUUUUACAUGCAUAUUUACACCAAUUAUAUUAUCAUUUCAGGGUAAAUGAAAGCAAAUCAGCAACGACAUUAUUCAGUCUGAGUUAAACUCCAGCAUCAAAUCGAAUUUCCCAGUGUCUUUAUGUAAAUUAGUAUCAGUCACAUCUGUGUACAAAGAGCAAAAUACAUUAAUUACGCUAGCUGCAAAAUCCAGAGCAAAAAACAUCAUCAAAGACAGAGCGACCAUCUCAGACUGGAUUUUAUGGUUCGCAAAACAUGAAAGCUUAUGGUACAAAUCACCAAUAUUGUUCGCUCUUACUGGACUUAGUCUAUUUCCAUUUGAUCAAAUGAUUCUUGUCUUUAGCCGCAGCACUCACGCUGUUGCAUGUACACCAGAGCUUAAACCCAGAGUUAGUGUAUCUCUCUUCCAACCAGGUUUCAAGACAAAUGAAGAAACUGUAGCAGGCUCAUUUUAUUGUUCUAUUUUUUGCAUGACUAAGCACAUUGUCACAAAUCACCCUGGUGCAUCUGCUGAGAGAUUAUGAUGUAAAAGAAGGUCAGCCAGUUGAAAACUGGAUAUAACUUGUUUAGGGGGGUGAGGGGGGCUACAAUGGCUAGUUUUUGAAAAGAGCUAUUCUUUGGUCAUUUGUAAGAAAGAGGGCAUGACAGCGUAUAAAAUCCUUUGGAAACACAUGAUUAGUAAUUGCUAGUCACUGUAUUGGUGUCCAGAGUUAGGACUACAUGAGACACUUGCUGUUAUUUUCAUGCAGCCUGAAAUCUCUCUUUGAGUCACACACUACAGUUUGAAGUUGUAAAUGCAAGUUUGAUGAAAUCUGUGGUAAACCCUCUCUGUCCGUGUUUGUGCAAGUACUGCUACAUCCUGUACUGCUACAUCCACCAUGUUAAAACCUAAUGCUGGUGUAACCGGAUCUAUGUGCGGUGAAUGAAAUAGAUGUUGCAGCUUUUAGCUGCAGCUCAAUGUUUUAUACAAAAACAAACCUAUGAAGUCAUUUCAUUUGCUUGUGUCUUCAUAUUGACUUGAUCUUUUUUCUCUGCUUCUCUUAUCCCUCUGUAUGUUUUCUGUCUGAAAUCCAGGACUCAUCCUUGUUAAAUGGGAGAGUGACUCGGCAUCAUGCAAAAGCUGGGGCUGUCUUAGCCAGACAGGGAGACCAGGUAUAUACAAGGCGUCUUAAACUCUGAUUGGACUUCUAAGUUCCCUUUAAACUUUCAGCCUGGCAGGUUUAUGUUUUGUAUAAAUACAGUUGAAUUAUUUGAAUCCAUAAAAAUGAAUUUUACACUCCUGCGUUACCAAAAAGGACAUACAUUUACUGAACUGCAGGUGCUGGAGAAAGAUGUUGUAACUUUAUUUUGACCAGCUAAAGCUGCUGUGACACAUUUUGGUUUGUGUUUGUGAAAAUCAACUUUCUUCAUGGUUUUGAAUUUCCAUUUAUUUCCAUUCCAUAUUUAUGUAGAAUAGAUAUGAAUGGCAGCAGGUAUUUUAAAACAAGAUGCCUUUUCUAAUAUGAUUGUCACCACACUAAAAAUCAACAUAACAUUCCGGGGGGGGGGUUGUCUUUUCUUUCUUUUUUGACACGAUCCGGUUUGACUGACCUCAAACUUACUACUGACUUAAAGUGUGUAAAUAACUUUGGUGCUUCAUUUUAAAGUGAAUAUGAAUUUUGUAGUUUCACAUUUGAAACAUUUCACAAACCUUUAGACAAUUCACUAAAUUUCAUGCAAAUCUAGUAAACUCUCUCUUCUGCCUUUUUUUGUUUUGUUUUGUUUUUGUUUUGAUUGUCUUCCUCUUUUCACUCUUGUAGGACGUGAGUCUGCACUUUGUCCUGUCUGGUUGUCUGCACGUCUACCAGCGCAUGAUAAACAAACAGGAAGACGUCUGCUUGUUUGUGACUCACCCAGGAGAGAUGGUGGGCCAGCUCGCUGUGCUCACAGGAGAGCCUCUCAUCUUCACCAUCAAGGCCAUCAGGGACUGUACUUACCUCAAGAUUUCAAAGUCCGAUUUUUACGAGUGAGUCUUUUACUUGCAGUGUGGAAAACAAGAGUGUUUGUUUUAUGGACCACUUUCAGCAGGCACACAGCUCAGUCUGACCAUGCGUCAUUAAUUUUAGUCCUUGAUGUGUGCUGCCCUCUGCAGGAUCAUGAGGGAGCAGCCCAGUGUAGUGCUGAGUGCGGCUCACACAGUGGCCAUUCGUAUGUCCCCCUUUGUGAGGCAGAUGGACUUUGCCAUUGACUGGAUGGCUGUGGAGGCUGGCAGAGCCCUCUACAGGUAUUUCACCUCUGCCUUCUUUUGGAUCCUUUUUCUUCUCAUUUUUCCGAUGGUACCUCUGUUGAGAAAUCUAUAUUUGGUUAUUAUGUCUUAAUGUGACAUCUUUUUGUUCUGCUAGUAUACUCAUUUUCUUUCUCCAUUUCUGUAGACAAGAUGACCAGUCAGACUGUACCUACAUUGUUCUGAACGGACGUCUGCGCUCAGUCAUCCGCAAGGCAAACGGCAAGAAAGAACUGGUGGGGGAAUAUGGUAGAGGAGACCUGAUUGGAGUGGUAAGUACAUGACUCUAUCCGUCAUCAGCAGAAGCUAACUUUUCUCUCAUGCAUCUGAACUGUCCAAACAUUAAGAUGAGAGAGGUUACAUAAAGAGUCUAUGUUGUCUUAUAGAUGGGUGUCUUGUGUACAAACAAUACUAGGUGCGUGCGCAACCAGUGGGCAAAAGCCUGCUUCGGAGUGAACUGAUUUUAAUGAAGAUGCCGUAUUGUUUGCAAGUUCUUCCUGACACAAUUGCAAUAAAAUGUCAUUUCAUUAAAAAUUGCUUUGUCUUUCAUUGCGUCACAAAUCAGAAAAACACUUGCUGAAAUAUCCAUGAAUUUAACUCAUCUUACCGGGUUGUGACAUUGUUUUGAAUGUUUCUAAUAUCAGCAGCGGGGUCUCGUAAUGUUAGUGAAUGCUAACAAAACCAAAGUAAAAAUGUUUAGGGCAAGGCUACUUUUGGACCUGCCAAGAUUUAUAAAAAAAACCCAAUGUCACUGUAAGUAUAAGUCUGACAGCUCGUUAGCUCGGUCUUUACAGAGAUGGCUCAGACCAAUUAUAUCAACAGCCUCAGCAGCUCAGACUGCACCGAUUACCUGAACAAACUUGUCCUCGGCGGUGGUGAGAAGUUACCAGACCCAUAUAAUAUUCUAAGUGAGGAAUGGAUUGCAGAUAUGUCCAAAUGGCCAGCUGUGAUAUGGCCUGACAUAUAAAAUUAUCUAAUUGAGUGUGUACACAAAGGACAGGUAGCGUGCAUACAAAUCUUUGGAUGCGUUUAAUUAUGUACUUUGUGCCCAUGUCCAAAAUUUAAAAUGUUAUGACACGAGGUCAGGGUUUUGUGCUUUGAGAGCAGGUGUCCUGCCCAGCCAGAGACAGGGGGUAAAGGCAAAACCUUAUGAUGUCUGCACCUUCAGGACCCCAAUCCACUCUUUUAAUGGCCUGGAGCCACAAUCUUCUUCUCCUCUUGGCAAAAAAAUGAGAUCCCCUCGGGAUGUUAAACAGUUUCCAUCCAUCCUUUUGCCGGUUCGUGCAGUUUACAUUACAACAAGUCCUUGUCAUUUUAUUUUUCAAUUUACUCGGCUAGUAAACAAAAAAGAAAUGUCCUGCUUUCUGCCCCCUGGCUGCGUGCGCAUACCUGUGAUAAUGUUGCUCGGAAACCUGUUUAUACAUCUUGAAAGUCACCUUUGUAUUGUUGUUUUUAUGCUGAUUAUGUUUUGACAGUUGUGAUACAUCUUGUUGUUCUGUCUGUUUCUUCAGGUGGAGGCCUUGACCAGGCAGCCCAGAGCAACCACUGUUCACGCUGUGAGAGACACAGAGCUGGUCAAACUGCCUGAGGGAACACUCAACAACAUCAAAAGACGAUAUCCUCAGGUUGGUGACUGGAUCUGCUUUAGAUUGUACUUGUAUAUAAAGCUGAAAAUGGUGCUGAUGCUCCAUGUCUGUUUAGGUGGUGACAAGGUUGAUCCACUUGUUAGGCCAGAAGAUUCUGGGGAACCUGCAGCAAGGCCGUGGGCCAUUCUCAGGUAAAAAAGUUGUAAGAAAGGUAUCAUUUACACAUAAGUAGAUAAAGCGCCUUUAGUCCACUCUGAUGCAGUUCACCUAGAAAUGAGUUUAUUCACACUCAGGAAAUCUGUCUUCAGGUUCAACUUUGAGUCUGCCCAGUAUGACAACCAGUGCUGAUGUCACCAACCCUGCCAGCAACCUCUCCACUGUGGCUGUCCUGCCUGUUUGUGAUGAGGUGCCAAUUAAUGCUUUCAACUUGGAGCUCAGCCAUGCUCUCAAUGCCAUCGGUAGGCUGAAAUUGUUUGGGACUAUAAAUUCUCUGUUGCAGUCCUAAGUUAAAGAAGUCCUUGUCUAAUGGUACUCACAAAAAUGUAGAAACACAUCUGGAAGUUUGACAUUCUUCCGAUGUUUGAUGCUUGCAGGUCCUACUCAACUGUUAACCAGUGACAUAAUCAGAGAGCGACUGGGUGCUUCUGUUUUGGACAGGUCAGUUUUAUAAUCAGAAAAAAGAUGUCUUUGUCUUGAUACUUUUCUGAACCUUUUUCUUUCAGUUAAAUUUUAUUCUUGCUGAUCGUAAUCAUUUGGACUACUAACCAAAGUAGAUAUUAUGGUCUUUUUUUCUAUCACUUCCCAGUCAUCCUCUUCACUCUUUGCACAGUUUGGGGGAUUAAAAUGCUACUGCUCUUCUUUUGUUUCCUUCAGUAUCCAUGAGUACCGCCUCUCCGGCUGGCUGGCCCAGCAGGAGGAUAUUAAUCGGAUUGUCCUGUACCAGACAGACAGCAGCAUGACCCCAUGGACUCAGCGCUGCAUCCGUCAGGCUGACUGCAUCCUCAUUGUCGGCCUGGGUGACCAGGAGCCUACCCUGGGAGAGGUUUGUGUCUUUGGCUUCAAGCAGCAAAAAGAUCUCUUCGAUAAAUAUAAGUACGCUAACUCUCUUGGUCCCCUUUCUCUUGUUUUGGUCCUUCUCCCUGUCCUCCAGUUGGAGCAGAUGCUGGAGAACACAGCAGUUCGGGCUUUGAAGCAGUUGGUCCUACUGCACAGAGAGGACGGGCCGGGUCCCUCCAGGACAGUCGAGUGGCUCAAUAUGCGUAGCUGGUGCUCUGGGCAUCUACAUCUGAAGUGUCCUCGACGGGUCUUCUCCAGACGCAGCCCCAGCAAACUAGUAUGAUUCUACGUCAAUGAUAUUUGCAGCAGUUUUAAAUGAAAAUUUUCCUCUCCAGUAUGUGUCAUAUGUCCUGCAUUUUGGUGUUUGAUGUACUAAAUGACCCCAAGUUGACUAUAUAACCAUGAAAUUAUGCUAAAUAAACAACUCUCCACGAUGUAAAAGAGCAAAAAGAAGGUUUAACCAUCCAUCAUGUUGAUUUUCUCUGUGCAGAGGGAGGUAUAUGAGAAGGUGUUUGAGAAAACAGCGGACAGACACAGUGAUUUCUCUCGGCUGGCCCGAGUCCUGACAGGAAACAGCAUCGCUCUGGUGCUGGGUGGAGGGGGAGCCAGGUAAGCAGGGCUAAACUACAAUAUGUGCAGCAAUAUGGAGAGCAGUUUGCCCUUAGAAACACUAGUGGCCUGUAAUGAUAACAAUUUAACUGAACCAUUAUAUACACGUAUGUUCUCAUGUAACAUCAAUGAAGCUACCCUUAAUUAAAGCUACAGUGCGUGACUUUUGUCCCCCCCCUAGAGGAUUUCUGUGUUAUUACAAUAAUACAGCUGGCACCUCAGUACGACAUAUGCACAUCACACACAGUAACAUUCACCAGAUACAGCAUACUGCUUGUCACUUUACACGGAGUAACACUCAUGACACACUGCAAACUCCUCGCCAGGGUACACGAACUGUAACUGUUCCCACAACAUGUAGGCUACUAAAGUUACUCGUCACAGCACACAGACACCCAGCAGUAAGUUAGACACAGCAACACAGGCUACACACCUUGUAACUUGCUGCUCGUUAGGCUAACCUUACACAAUGUGAUGAACAUCAGGGUACUAACAAUACAUUACAUUCAUAGCACCAUUUCCAAGAAAAUAAUAAAGUUCUUGGUCUAGUACAUGUAACAGCAACACAUCUUUCUCGUAAUGAACAGUCACCUACUUAUCCAGCAUUAUCAAGGCAACAUCUGUGUCAGACCUCAGUCCAAUCUCCUCCUUCAGGGCUCGCCAUUGAACAAAAGCGACCCUGAAGCAAAUCCAUGUUAGUCUUCUCCGUUUGUCACUCUCUUUCUUUGCCAACAGACCUUCUCCCGAAUGGGAAGGCUUUUUCUUUUUAGUAGGAUCCACUUCUGAACCUCUUGGUUGCUUCCUCAUGUUCUCUGCCAUGUUGCUCCUAGCAGCGCUCUCCUCCCCCUUCCCUUUUCGUUGUUAGGUAAAACCAAGUAGAACGCAUCAUUUCCUGUGAGCCAGCGCGGGAAUGUCGCCACCGACACCAAAUACAAAAAGAACAAAUACUGUAAAAUACCAUGAGUGGUUAGAGGAGCUGAACAGCUUAAUCAGCAUUGUAUCAUCUCCUCUUGUUGUGGCUUAGGCGAAAUGGAUAUUUACAGAAGUCAGUCCUGUUAAAAAACCCUGUGCUUUUACCUUACAAUAAGUAAAGUCAUAUAUUGUACCAGACUGUUGGUUUUCCUCUCUGCAGAGGCUGCUCUCAUGUGGGUGUGAUCAAAGCUAUGGAGGAAGCUGGAAUUCCUAUUGACAUAGUGGGUGGGACCUCAAUCGGCUCAUUCAUUGGAGCUUUAUACGCUGAGGAGAGAAGUGCUGUCAGAACCAAACAGAGAGCCAGAGAGUGGUCGAAGGUACCGUGCACUGUAGCUUUGGCCACUGUUUAGACAAUUCUGUCUUGCUUUCCCGAAAGACUGAAAUCUACUUUAUCUGUAUUUUUGGUUCUUUGACAGGCGAUGAACUCGGUAUUUAAAACAGUCCUGGACCUGACCUAUCCUAUCACCUCCAUGUUCUCUGGCUCUGCCUUCAACACCAGCAUCUAUAAAGUGUUCCAGGACAAGCAAGCUGAGGUGAGGGAUUGCAGAAGUGAAAAGAUGUAUUUAGGAUGCAGUGGUCCGGUUGUGUUGUUGAAUUUGUCACCACAGAAGGUAAAACAUUGAAAUACACGUGUGUCCACAGGACCUGUGGCUGCCAUACUUCAAUGUCACCACUGACAUCACAGCCUCGGCCAUGCGGGUUCACCAGGAUGGUAAGUGACAGCCUGGCUGACUACAGCAGCAGCCUCCUCUCUUCUUUGUUAUCUCUGAUGUGAUUCUCCAAAUGUUUCCAUUUUCUACGUUUAGACCAGCUCUGAGCAGUAUACCUUACUUUUUAUGUCACCUUAUUUUUAGAUGAGCACAUGUAAAUAUACAUACAUACACACUAAGUGAACAUUAACAAUAAAUUGCAUGAAUAAUCAAGCCUUCUCAGCAAUUCUUAUGUAAUUCAAUCAAUAAUUCUGCCCUUAAUGACAAAAACUAACGUGUGAAGUUUGCAUUGUAAACAACUCCUAUUUCGAUUAUAAGAAGGGUGAGUUAUUCUUGCAUUAAGACAAAACAGCUAUUAAAAUCCAAGUCAAAGCACAUAUAUAGCCACAUUGUUUUAUCCGUCAAAUUUAUUAGUCAAUCUUGAUGUGUAGCUCUACUUUACCCUUCAAUCAACAAGCCCAUAUGGCUGCAUCAAGACUUGAUGACAACUUGGUGCAAUAGGCUCAUCUAAGUGGCUUAUAGAUCAUUUGAAAUGGCAGAGCUGCAUGCCCUCGUAUUUUCAUAGCAGGUUAACUCCAAACUAAGGGGAAGCUAGUCUGAGCUUAAACUCUUUUUUGAGAUAAUACCCAUACAGUUAGAUGUUUUCAUUUCCUCGUGGAAACAAGCAUUUAAUCUCUGCAGGCUGUUCAGUUUCCAUUAGUUUGGAGUUUUCUAGGUCUAUAGAUUUAGAUAUUACUAUGUUUUUUCUGAAGAAAACUGCAUGUGAACGAGUACAUGCUUGUUAAUGUGCUUGUUAAUAGAUCAUGCAGGUAAAUGUGUUCUGUUUGACUUGUAGAAGUGCACCACUAUUAGUAGUAUUAGUAGCAGUAGAUUUAGCCUAAAAGGCCCCCCCCCCCCCCCCCACUGACCCUGCAUAUCCAGCAAAACCAUUGCCAAAGCCCUGUGGCUUUUCACCAUGAUCACUAAAGAGCAGCGUUUGAACGUCACAAUACUUUGCAUCAAAUUAAGAGUUGAAUCGUGAUAUGAUUGACCAUGAUUGCUGGAUCAGAGGGGUUUGCAGGCUGGGUUCUUACAGAGAGAACAUGAAUGCUAAUGUUUGCAUCGUGGCAUGUGUAUGAACUAACUGCUGGAGCAAAGCCCUUGCUCUGUCUCAUUGUUCCCAUCAUCCCUGCCUCUGCUCCUCUCCUGUACUGUCUCCCUCACUUAUUUCUCUUUUUUCUGGGUGUCUGCCUACCUUUCCUGUCUUACUCCCUUUUCUGAAAAUGUUCAGUCUAUUUCUAUCUUUCUUAUUCGGACUCUGCUAAACUCUUCCUUCUUGACAGUCUGCUCACUUUCAUAUGCUGAACUGAUUAAGCUUUUUCAUUAUCGUCUUGUUCAUCACAUAAAGUAUGUGCCUUAAAGUUCCACAUCAUACCCCAUAGGUUAGGUCUACCCAUUUACGCAUCUCCAGUUUACGUCUCAGACUAAAGAGCUGUAGUGGCUGACUCCAAAAUGUGUAUUCCCCCCAUGUCCAUGCCAUCAUGUAGGAUCCAGAACACACCACCCUGCUAUUCUCCUCCAUCCUUCUUCAUAACAUCCCAUGUGCUUUUCCCGUCCUCCAUCAUCCAUUCUGUGCUUCCUGUAGUUAUUUUUAUGGUGGGCUUUUGUCAAACAUUGCUUAGGUGCUGCUGUUAAGAAUCUAUCUUCUUCGUUGGUGCAGAAAGCAGUCAUCCUCUUUGGGUUGAGGUUCAACAGUGUCAUAAGUGAAUCUUGUCUAGUUCACCUUGUAGUUUUCCCCUCUUUCUUGUCUAUUCCUCUGAACCUCUCCACCCCCCCUCCCCUUCUGACUCUCCUUUUUGCCUCUUUUACCAUCUUUAUAGUCCUCUACUUCCUUCUCGCUCCCUCUUACUGUUUCUUCCUCUUUCUGCUUGUCUUCCUCACACCUCGCUUCUCCAACCAGGCAUCUAACACAGCUAAUGCAUCUGCUGUAAUAUGGUAACAUGCUAAAUGAACACACAUUCAUUAAAUGUGCAUAACAAUUUUCAAACUUAUUUCAUAUGUCUUAUGUUAGUCCUCUGACACAAACAUGUUAUCUACUCUCGACUGCUAGAGCAUAGUUUUUCCAGAAAUUUCAAAUCAAAUCAAAUUUAUUUAUAUAGCACUUUUCAGGCAAAAAGAAAUGCAGCACAAAGUGCUUUACAAUUUAAAACAAUGAGCCCCCAUAUCCAGCCCGCCACCCCACCCCACCACACACACACACACACACACACACACACACACACACACACACACACACACACACACACACACACACACAGAUAAUGCAAUCUUAAAAGCGUGUGGCUGAGUACAGAGGGCCAGUAAGGGGCCUACAGCAGCAAGCACUGCUGCAGACCACCCCCUGGCCGAGCUGAGUGCACACCAUGAGGCAGAGAAACCCUAGACAGAACCAGUCACAGCCUCCAGUGCAAGUGGCCCCCCUACUGAGGAAACACUGAAGAAAUGCAAUAAAAACAUAAACUAAAUCAGCUAAAAACAUCAAACUAGAUAAAAUUAUAAAAUACUGAUAAAUAGCUAAAAUACCAUUUAAAAAUAAGUGAAUAAAUAGAAUAAACAGAACAUGUAAAAUGAGGACUAAAAUAUAUAAAUGAAAUAAAAUAAGAUAAAAAUAGGAUAAAAAUAUAGAUUAAAAAUAAGACAUUAGUUAAAAGCCAAAUUAAAUAGGUGGGUCUUGAGCCUGCUUUUAAAAGUAUGAACAUUCCCUGCAGCCCUCAGGUCUUCCAGCAGGCUAUUCCAAAGACGGGGGUCAUAGUGCUGGAAAGAUGCCUCACCGUAAGUUUGUGUUCUCACUUUGGGGACUAUUAAAAGGCCAGUGCCAGAGGAUCUCAGGGUCCGCGAGGGUUCAUAUUGUAAAAGCAAUUCUGAAAGAUAAGAGUGUCCAAGACCCCUAAGACAUUUAAAAACCAUUAAAAGGACCUUAAAAUCAAUCCUAAAGCACACAGGGAGCCAAUGCAGUGAUUUUAAAACUGGUGUAGUGUGUGCCCGCCUUCUGGUCUUUGUCAGCACACGUGCUGCUGAGUUUUGCAACAGUUGUAAACUCGCAAUGUUUCUUUUUGGAAGACCAGAAAGCAGGGCGUUACAAUAGUCAAGACGACUGGAGAAAAAAGCAUGCAUUAGCGUCUCUGUGUUAGCCAGGGAGAGAAAGUGGCGGACUCUGGCUAUAUUCUUUAAAUGAUAAAACCCUGUUUUUGUUAUAUUUUUAAUAUGUGGGAUAAAAGUCAGCUCAGAGUCAAAGAUGACGCCCAGAUUCUUUACCUGAUUUGAUAGAAAUAAGGACAGGGUUUUCAGUUUUGUUAAAAGUUUCUCUCCCUGAGCUCUAGGAUCGAUAAUUAAAACCUCAGUUUCGUCCUGGUUGAGCUGUAGGAAGUUUUCUGCCAUCCAGGAUUUAAUAUCUAGGAUACAGCUAAAAAGGGCAUCAAUUGACCCUGUGUCACCAGGAGACGUGGAUAUGUAGAGCUGUGUGUCAUCAGCAUAGCUGUGAAAAGUGAUACUAUGUCUCCUGAUGAUGUCUCCCAGAGGGAGCAUAUAAAUUAAAAAGUAUGGGGCCUAAAAUUGAGCCUUGAGGCACACCACAUUUAAUGCUAUGAAUCUUUGAAGAGCAUGUGUCCAAACUUACAAGAAACUUUCGAUCUGUGAGACAGGAGUUAAACCAUUGAAAGGCAGUACCAGAGAGGCCUACAAGGUGCCUUAGUCUAUUUAAAAGAAUUAUGUGAUCUACUGUAUCAAAAGCAGCGCUUACAUCCAGUAACACAAGGACUGUAAGCUUGUGUGAGUCCAAGUUGCACCUAAGAUCAUUAACAAUUUUCAGGAGUGCAGUCUCUGUACUGUAGUUUGUCCUAAAUCCAGAUUGAAAUUUCUCAAGGAUGGAACGGUUAUUUAAAAAAAUCAAUCAACUGAAUAAAAACAAGUUUUUGCUUAAAAAUGGUAAGUUGGACAGUGGUCUGUAGUCAUUAAAUUGUAGUUAAAUUGAAUGACGUUAUUAUUUUGGUGUCUUGUGAUCUUUUUAGACAUGUCUACUACCUUGAUUGGUGUUUAAAUAGAUUGAUGGUAAUGGCCAAAAAGCUAUUUAGGCGUGUACUGCAGUUUUUUAGAGGGGUGACCAAGUGCAGUCCCCUUGGGAUCUAAUUUGCCACCCCUGGUGCCACUUGCUUCUCUAGUUAUACCAACUCCAGUGACGACCGCAUGAUAGCAAUACACAGCAGUCUAUGUCUCCAUGCGCAAACCUCAAUCAAAAAGCCACUCUAUAGCCACAAAUAAUGCUCACAACAGCACCUAACUUCAUCAACAGUACAUACAGCCACAGCACUAGCCAUCAAACAUCUUUUUAACUUUGCCUAAGUACUUUAGCAAAGAGACUUAACAUAACUUACCUAAACAAGCGGAUGCUGAAGAGGAGUGGGUGAGUUGUGUUUAGUCUCUUUGCUAAUGAAACCAGACAAAGCUAAAAAGAUGUUUGGUGGCUAGUACUAUGACUGGGACCCUAUAUGUACUGUUGAUGAAGUUAGAUGCUGCUCUGAGCAUUAUUUGUGGCUAUAGAGUGGCUUUUUGGUUGAGGUUUGCACGUGGAGAUGUAGACCGCUGUGUAUUGCCAUCGUGCGGUCAUUACUAAAGUUGGUAUAACUAGAGAAGCAAGCUGUCGGCAAAAUUCAUCUCUCGAGGGGGUGUCUAACUCAGUGCUAUGGUGUGUUUUACCAUAACUUAAACUUACGCCGGGAUAUCCCUUUAACCUGAUUGGCCAAAAAUUAAACCUUUGUUGGAAUCUGCUUUUUUGUGGCAGUGUUAAAACUGUCUGUAAGAUAUUUCUUUUAGUCCUUAAAUUUCCUCUUUUGAGGAUGUGAAGAUUUAAGCUUAGAAGACAUGUGUUGUCACUUUUUUGUAUUACUUUUUUAUUGUUGAAAAGUUGUACAAAGAAACACACCAACCUGCCAUAACAUUAUGAACACCUGGCAACCCAAUACAACAGCUCUCUUUCCAAGACUGCAUUUGACAUGAUACUUUACUUUUCACUACAAUGUACUGGAAUGAAUAUGUUCGGUAUGCGACACAAAAACGCAUUUAUUAUUUUCCAGUGAGGCAGAAAAUACAUUUCAGACCCUCCUCCUUUCCUCAUUGUAGCAGCCUCUGCCAUCAGUGUAUGAAUGUGGUGUUCAUAGGUGAAUGUGAAGAAUAGUAAGAAUGUGCUUUUAGUGGUCAUAAUAUCAGCAGAAGUCUGUUUACCAUUUGACCAGGUCUAUUAUCAGGUUGCCAAAGUGUUGGUAAUGUUAUGGCUGGCUGGUCGGUGAUUUCUCUUCAUAUACCUUAAUAUUGGUGGCAUAAGUGUUCAUGAAAGACAGGAAAGGUCAAUUAUUGCUAGUUAUUAGCAUGUGUGUGUUUCUGUUUUUAGUACCAUAUGCCACCCCUGUACAAAUCAGUGCCUCAGUUGGGGCGCCCCAAUAGAAACAGUCUAGAAACACACCUGGUCACAAACCAUCAACAAAGUCAAUCCUAUUGACACUGUUUCCCCUCCUCUCUGUCUCAUUCCUGAAGAAUGCUUCUCUAUGUUGCAGGCAUUUCCCUCUCUAUACUCUAUCUCUCUGUCUUCUAUCCUCUUUUUUUUUUAGCGGUCUCCUCUGUCUCUUCCCAUCCAUUCUUUCUUCACCUCUCCAUCUUUUCCAUCUGUGAUGUGGACUCUUGCCCAAACUUGAUGUGUGCCUCCUUCUCCAUCUCCAUUUCCUGACAGGUUGCGUCUGGCGCUAUGUUAGAGCCAGUGCCUCCUACACUCCCUAUUUACCUCCCCUGUGCGACCCCAAGGAUGGCCACUUGCUUGUGGAUGGUUGCUAUGUUAACAAUGUCCCAGGUCAGAUCUUAAAUGUCCGCUCACCAAAACCUUUCCCCCUCAUCUCUGAGUGAACGAUCCACUGCUCAGUGACCACCCCCACCCCCUCCCUUUGUUCUCCGCCCAAUUGUAACUAACCCCGCACUGACCAGGUGGACAUGGGGAGCCCAUGGUUUGGAAGGAAAGACCUAAACAAACGAAUGUAUUGGGAUUGAUCCCAUCAGAAAAAUGGAUCCAUCUCUCCUUCUGUCUGUUCUUACACACACCUCUGAAUAAACCCCGUGAACUUUACUCAAUUAUAUUUGAUCUAGAAGAUGCAAGGUUCAACCCACGCAUGUUUUGGCACAUAUACAGUUGGUCAUGGAGAGAUGCAUGAUGGUUUGGCUUCUUCUGGAGCCCUCUGAUUACUAAAGCCUUCCACUUUGCCUUCUAUCUGUAAAAUUCUGAAUGUGGCCUGUAAACACAAAAAUCUUCAUUUACCACAGCACUUGCUUUUUUAAUGGAGAAGUAGUUAUGACUUUCAGGUAGCUCCGAUGUCAAUCAGACUUAGUAGGUUUGGAUUUUAUUGGGUCAUGGUAGAUGUGAGCCCAGACAGCUCUGUGUGUUUGGAGGAAAGGGAAGUUGUGAAAUAGUGUUGAAUGUGCUAUAGUAAAGGGCUGCACCAUGUCAACAUCACAUCUGUCUCCUCUUGUUGUCAUGUGUCACUGCGUGUGUCAGUGGGCCUAAAUGUGUUUGUCCUUUGCUCUGAACACCAGCUUGUUUUUCUUUUGAGGAAGUCCUGGUGAAACUGCUCCUUUUUCAUUCCAAUCACCCUCACCUACAGGCACAUGUUCAGUCUCUCCCUCACAGCUGUCCCCUCUGAAUUUGCUUGCUUCGCUGUGCAUGCAAAACAUUGUCAGCCAAGUCUAUAUAUUUCUCAUGAAUAUAUACUGAUUGCAUGUAUCUCCCUCUGUUUAUACUUCUUAUGAGAUUUUAGGGAUUUGUGUUCUGGAUCCUACUUUUGCACAUUGUCGGCCCACUAUGAGCUGAAGUUAUUUCUGGUUUUUAGUUGAAAAAAAAGGUGGUGUGAAUCCUUUUUGAUUGAGCUCAGAAAAUUUCUACCUCUCAUUCACAUACUUUCACGCACAGUUGCACCCCUCGCUUUUCUCUGUGGUGCUCCUUAUCCUUCCAAUCCAUGCAGCACCCAGCCUGCCCCUGCCUCCUGCUGGUGUUGAGCAGGACUGCAAUUGGGCAGGCUGAGUGCUCUCCUGCCAUGUUCACUGUGAAGGAUCUCCAAACAUUGUUACAGGAUCUGCCACCGCUUCUCUCAGUAGUUAAUUCAAUAUUGUAGGUACAUUUCACUAGCCUUUCUGCUUCAGUUUUUUUGGAUUUGUGUCGUCCUAAACAAACAGUAUUUAACAGGAAAGAGUCAAAUUCAUGCUAUCACAAGCAAAAAGUGCAGGUUUAUGACAUAGUUUGGAGAUCCCGACAGCCUUGGUGCUCUGUGAUGGUUGCCGUUUACUGUUUUUACCUUCAGCACAAGUCACUUAUGGUCUCUGUGCAAGGUAAUGAAGUUUGCAGUGGUGCACAACAGAGUCUUAAAGUGGGCAGAACUGCAGCUCCGGCCUUUGCAGGGUUUGGCUCCUUUCCUUUGUCCAUACUCUCUCUGGUGUCUGGACCGCGGUCUGUGUCGACACUAACCUGAAACUGAAAGCAAACAAUACUGAGAUGUUAUCCCCCUUCCUCCUCCCUCCCUCCCUUCCCUCUUCCCCCCCUGGUGUGUCAGGCUCUCUGUGGCGCUAUGUGCGAGCGAGCAUGACCCUCUCAGGGUAUCUGCCGCCUCUCUGCGACCCCAAAGAUGGCAACUUACUAAUGGACGGUGGCUACAUCAACAACCUGCCAGGCAAGUAGUGGUGGUUACCCCCCCAUCCACUACCCCCCUCAACAUGCAAUCCUCAAUCCCUACCACACUGUUGACCCCAACAGAGAAGGGGGAGGUGGAGAUAGGAAUUGGGAUGAUUAAUUUGAAGGGGUUUAUUUCAUGUUGUUUUUGAGCUCGGUAAGUAUGUAGAUGUGGAGUGAUGGAAGUGAUGGGAGGGGAAACAGGCUGGAGUGUAGGAGUUAGUUUAGUUCCCCCUUCUACACACUGAGCUGGUUCAGCCAGAAUAUGUCUUGAUCAACGCUAUUUAAUAACAGAAAAGAUGAGAAUUUUGCCUUUUAUUAGCGAAAGAAAAAGAACUUUAAAAUAUUUUAUAAUACAAGAUGGGGAAGAUUCAACUCUUCAAAUUAUAGUGAGAAUGAACGAGCGUGAACAGUCAAUAAUCAAUCAACACAAAUGUCACAAUGCAGAGGGGCAAUCUGGCAUUUAUCUCUCAAACAGCCUGGUGCCAAAAACAUGGACAAUAGAAGCAGGAAAAGAGAUAAUCACUUGCAUCACUUGCAAAUUGAAAAAGAAAAAGGAUGAUUUUUUUAUUUUAGAAACAGCACUUUGAGUUUGCCUUUUUGAGUCAGAAGACACCAGUCUGUUUCGGAUAAAUGUGAUUUCCCCUAUGUUGAAUGAGCACUCUUGUGUUGGGCUGGGCAGUAACACAGUGUUACUAUUUCUUCUUCUUUUUGCAGAUCCUUAAUAUGCUCGAUCUUUGUAGUAUUUUGAUCGUCCAAAUCAAGUACUUGACAUUUUAUAAAUUUAAUACCGUUAGUUUUGGGAGAUUACAGGUCUGUACGAUGAAGCAGGUUCGAUAUAACUUGGGUGUCUUUUGUUUUUUUUCUGGCUUCACCAAUCCUGACAGAGUAAGUAGAAAGAAGCUGCUUCAAGAAGUACCGUAAGGUACUAUGUUCACAUGGACAGGGUGCCGUGUGUAACAUAUAACCAAUCUUAAACAUGAAAAUGUCUGCAGUCAGCAGAUCAUCAUAUUUUACAAACUCAGGCCAAACAAUAACAUCAGAAAAUAUAGAGUUGAACACAUAAUCGAGACUAAAAUUAACACAGCUGCAUUUGCAAAGUGAAGAUCUGGUAAUAAGGAAUGCAAACGAUAUGGUUGAAUGUAGAGCAAAAGUUAAAGUUAACUGUCUGGCAUUUUAUCUUGCUAUUUUUCAGCUUCAACUCUGAUGUUAUCAAACAAAGUGGAUGUGGAGAUAAAAACAAAUACAUUUCAAUAUAAGAUCAUGAUUCAAAAUAAUCAUUUUAUAAGUAAUAAGUGUUUUAAGGCUUUCAUGUUGGCCUGUUAUUUUCUCUGUUCAUGAUGAAUUUAGGGAGGCACAGUUCAACAUUUAGAGCUCUAUGAAAGGGUGUCUCUUCCUCCUUUCUUCCCCUAUCAGCUUUUAGAGCUCUAAGAUCAAGCUAGUUUAUUGGUUGGUGAUUUUUUUCCCAAUUUUGGAUCUUUAAUCUUGAACAUUUCCUGCUUUGGAAAAGAUUAGAUGUAAAGCUUUAGUUACCAAAGUGAUCUACCCUAAUAAGGUGAACUACUGUACCUUGAUGCUAAUGAGCACUAAUAACCCAGAAUUCACCCUGAAAGUUCGCCCACUUAUGCAAAUCCUGCUUUGAACUACAUACUUGAGUAACUCGUCACAGCGGAACACAUCUGUUCUAAAUUUCAGCAAGGUUAUUUUGGGGGUUAUGCAAAAAUUCCCCCACUUGCAGAGUCAUUGUAAAGCAUGUGUCCUUAUUGAUAUCACAGUUAUUGUUUUUACUGUAUCACCCAGCCCUGCAUUUGGUGUUCAAUAUACUAAAGCUUCUUUAUUAGGUCUUUGUUUGCUUCUGUAAAACCAGGGGUGGAGUAAUUCAAGAACUCUGCUUCUGAAAAGAGAGUGGAGCUGUUUUUCAUCUGUGAACCAUAUAAUAUCUUCUGGUCAUUGCUUAACUAUUUAAUAAAGUAUUAAUUAAUUUAAAUUAUUUUGAGGGCUUCAUUUAGACUUGAUCACUUUUAGGCUUUUGUUAUGGUGUGCAGAUGAAACCCCCUUGAGUCUGUCUAUGUGUAAAGAGUGAAUCUGUUCUAAUAAAACAGUCAUGUUUCAUGAAUUUCUGGGCUGAGUUAUCAUAAUUCGCUUCUUAGUAUUGGAGUAAUGUCACAUUAUCCUCCAAAAACUACUCAUCCUAGAUGUUUGUGAAACGUUGCUGUGUCUGAGCGCAAAACAUUGAUCGGACUACAGGGAGCCUGUAAAAAUCAACAUCUGUGUGCCUUUCGAGGGCCUUGUCCCUGAAGAGUUUGUGCUCCAUCAGCUGCCUUUAUAGUUCUUGGCUCGGCCGAUCAGUGCUUUGGGCUUGUUGGAUGUCGUCCUGUUCUGUCUUUAAAUAGACACAUGCCACAAAAAUACUCACCACCCUAACAUUUGCUUUUACAUAUCAAGUCAGUGGAAAAGUUGACGGCACUCUUUGUUCAACUAGAAGGUCUACUUUUUACAGAUUUUUAAGUCACACAGUUGCUCUCAAGUUAAUCUGACUGCUAAAAGAGUGAUGAUUUUUUGUGGCAUGAGUCUUUUUGAACAGUGUUGCUUCUGUUUUGAGGGUUUAAAGAAUCGAUCAUUUGACUGAAACAAAGUAUUAACACCUGACUUGUUGUCCCACUAUCUUUGCCGCUGGAUUCUGUUGUGCUGUGUGUGUGUGUGUGUGUGUGUGUGUGUGUGUGUGUGUGUGUGUGUGUGUGUGUGUGUGUGUGUGUGUGUGUGUGUGUUUAUGAACGCUGUUGGACACGUUACACAUCCAACAGCUGACAUUGCAAGGAACAUGGGUGCCAGAACAGUCAUCGCCAUUGACGUGGGUAGCCAAGAUGAGACAGAUCUAUGUAACUAUGGCGACUGUCUGUCUGGCUGGUGGUUGCUGUGGAAACGGAUCAAUCCCUGGGCAGAUAAAGUAAAGGUAACAGUACAGUUUGGUGACACUGGUAACUACUUGUGACUCAGCAUCUGCAGCUGUUGAAAGCUGCUGCAUACCUGCUGCUUCAAUUGUUUUGAUUUGUAGUCGGACUCCACAGAUGGGAAAGUAUGUCUCUUUCCUUUCUCUUCUGUUCUGCAGGUACCAGACAUGGCAGAGAUCCAAUCUCGGUUAGCCUACGUGUCUUGUGUUCGUCAGUUAGAGGUUGUGAAGAAGAGUGCCUACUGUGAGUACAUCAGACCACCGAUCGACCGCUUUAAGACCAUGGACUUCGGCAAGUUUGAUGAGAUCUAUGUGAGUUACUCUUUUUUUAUUGUAUUAUAUCGACUGUUCUUUGUCACUGAGGGAUAUCUUGUUUUUUUCUUUCCAAAUCUAAUAUCACAUACAAACUGUCAUGAGGACAAGCUUUUUCAACCCAGCAGUCAUAAAAGGAGUUGGUUUUAAACACAUCACUUCUCAUCCUAUAAAGAGAUCAAUGCCUAGGUGCCUUGUCUCCAUUUACCUUUGUUUCCAAGGACAUUUUCAAAAAGACAAUAGCAAUACAGGAAAAGAUAAAGACUUUUGGUUUGUAUAAAGGGGAAAUUAAAAGGAUGUGACAUGAACGGCAACAUCAGCGAAGACAUAUCUCCCUGUGGGAUGAAUAAAUCAAAUCAAAUCUUCCUGUGGAAAAACUCGACUUGUCCAGACUUCUACUUAAAGGAAUAUUUCAGUGUAAAUUUAAGUCAUGGUCAAACACACCAUAACACCGAGUUAGACCCCCCCGACUACCAACUUCAGCAAUGACUGCACGAUAGCAAUACACAGCAGUCUACGUCUCCACACACAAACCUCAACCAAAAAGCCACUGUAUAGCCACAAAUAAUGCCCAGACUGGUUGAGCUUUACGCAGUCGUUGCUGAAGUUGGUAGAGAAGCAAGCAUUCAUUCAUCUCUUGAGGGGGUGUCUAACCCAGUGUUACGGCGUGUUUGACCAUAACUUAAAUUUACACUGGAAUAUCCCUUUAGCUAAGAUAUAUUGUUUUUUGAAAGCAAAAGUUUGGAAGCAAGGCCAUUACAGGCCGGACAGUUGGGAGUAACUUCAAGUUUUUGUUCACAUUGCUUUUUUUAAAAUCCAGCAUGAGUUUUAUGUAUUUACUCCAUGAUCAGAUGUUGCUUUCAUGGAAAUGCACCAUUUUACUCCAUUUACCUUUAGAUAUACAUUGAUGUUAACAGACUAUUGCUUAAUAUUUGUCAGCGAAAGAUAAUAAAGGCUUAGUUUUAGGGUUAAAAACAUUUGCAAGAGUCACAACUUCAGUGCAAAAGCAAAAAAACAAAUCACAGUUGGAUUAUUCACUUCAACUUUUUGGCUUUUGAGAGGCUGCAUACAAAAAUCCCAAUAAAUCUCAACUGCGUAUAAACUACCACAAAAAUGGCUAGAAAGAAGCAACUGAGUAAAGAAACAAAAGUACAGAUUUUUACAUUGAGGAAAGAAGGAUACACAGAAAGAAAAAUUGCAAAACGCCUAAAGGUGUUUAACAAAGGAGUCCACUACACUCUGAAGCGACUAGAAGAACCUGCAGAUAUGAUGAUAGAAAAAGACCUGGACGAAAGAGAGUUACAACAAAAGCAGAGGAUAAACAUAGCAUUGUCACAAGUAAGAGAGAUCGGCGAAAGACCACAAAUAAGGGAGGAAAUCAACAUGACAAGGUCGAAACCCAUAUCUCUGACAACCGUGAAAUGACGUUUGAGAAAGGCUGGUCUGAAGGGUUGUGUAUCUGCAAAAAAACCCACUACUUCAUCCACAGAACAAGAAAAUGAGAUAUGAGUGGACUUAUGAUGACUAGAAACAAGGUUGCACUGUUUGGUUCAAAACGCAGAGUCUAUGUCCGCAGACAAACUAGUGAACGUAUGAAAGCACCAUGUGUUACACCCACAAUUCAGCAUGGAGGUGAUAGUUCCAUGGUAUGGGGAUGUUUUGCAGGUGAUGGAGUAGGAGAUUUGUUUGAAGUAAAGGGUAUCAUGAAGAAGGAACAGUACCACUCCAUCCUCCAGCACCAUGCUGUUCCAUCUGGACUCAGACUUGUGGCUCAUAAGUUUGUUUUGCAGCAAGACUAUGACCUUAAGCACUCUGCCAAACUCUGUCAGGGUUAACUAGACAAAAAAGAAGAGGAAGGUGUUCUUCAAAAGAUGGGUUGGCCCCCUCAGUCUCCAGACCUUUUUCAAUUGAGCUUGUACGGGAUGAAUUGGAUAGAUCGGUCAAAGAAACCCGUCCCACGAAUCAGCAGUCUCUUUUUAAUGAACUUAAGAAAGCUUGGAAUGCAAUCCCUGGAACAUACCUUAGAAAACUUGUGGAACGAAUGCCUGGUAUAUGCCAAGCUGUUCUUAAAGCCAGAGGAGGUUACUUAAAAGAAAGCAAAGUCUAAGCAACAAUAACUCAAAUACCUAAUAAUUAUAGUCAAAAUAUCUUCUGAUAAGUUACUCUUUACACAAUAGUCAUGUUUAUUGUGUUGCAAAUUAUAUAUAUGAAACUGUGAUCUUUUUUUGUACAAAUCUGAUCUUGCUUCCAAACUUUUGGCCUGUAGUGUAGGUCAACCACUUUUAAAAGUGAAAUGAGUUUCAAAAUGAAUUUGAAAGCCUUGAAAUAAUCUUGAAUUUGAACUGGCUGCUGUUGAAUGAGUACAUUUCAGGCAAAGAGCACAACAGUUGCAUUUAGCAGGAAACAUGUUGGUCUAACUACACGCGUUAGGAGCGCCCCAACAGCUACUCUUUCUUCUGUUCAUAGAAAAGGAAAGUACCUCAAUUACUCUCAAAGAGUCAGGUUUUCAUUUAUUGGCAUCAUUGAUUAAUGUUUACUUGGAUGAUUUGAGGAUUUGUGUUCAGAAUCUACAGACUGCAUUUUAGCACAGAUUUUAAAAUUGACAAUAACCAAUCCAGAGUCACAGAAACAGAAAAUGCCCUCUAAAUAUUUGUCUUAAUCAAAAGUACUUUUCUGUUCUAACCUUGUCAGAACGUGGGCUUCAAGCACGGCAAGGCGCUCUUUGAUGUCUGGGCCCGAGGUGUCAUUAUUGAGAACAUGCUGAAGGAUCACCGCUCAGCUGAUUAUAAUGACAGCAAAAGGACUGAUGUGAGAUCUCACACACACACACACACACACACACACACAUACACACACAAACACAUGAUAAAUGGCAUUUUUUACUACAACCAUCUGGACUGUUACAGUUUUACGGCGAACAAUCAGGAGCUGACUUCACUGACCUCGCAGAGAUUGUUUCCAGGAUAGAACCAGUUCAAAGUUACUUAGCUGCAGAAGGUGAGCACACAAUCAUGGUAAAGGUUUUUGUUACAGCCGUCUCUUCUUCAAUUCCAGCUUGGAUUUUUACCAGUGUAAUAAAUAAUGGGUCAAAGCUCCCUACUGUUUUUUAUAUUGAAAUACAGCAGCAGAUGUCACUGAUGUUUUAUGAAUGCCAUCUAAACCUUGUGGCUCAUUCCUGUUAUAUUCUCACUUUAAUGCCCUCUCUAAAUCUUUCUGUGCAGCCGAGGAGUCGGACUGUCUGACAGAGUACGAGGAGGAUGGAAUGGACACGGUGAGAGAGGAGGAGGGAGAAGAAGAGGAGGAAGAGGCAGAGGAUCCUGAGGACCACUCCCCUGGAGAGUGGGGGCAGAAUGGAGUCUUUCAAACUGUAAGUGCACAAGAAACUAGAUAAUGUGCCAGUGAAAGGAAAGAAAAAAACAUUUGGGGUUAAAGAUUACUUAUGAAGGCAACAAAAAUCCCUGGACUCUUUUUCUCUUUACAAAGAACUAUUCUAGUGAGUUCCCACAGGGAGAUUUUCGGGUUAUAAACUGGGGGGAGAUAUGAGCACCAGGUUAAAAUUUAAUAUUUACUUAGUUAUCUAACCUUUAUUUAACCGGGUGAUAAUCCAAUAAAACAGCGAUCUUUUUAACAAGGGUGCCACUGCCACAAGGUCAACACCACAUGUCUUGAUAAAUAUUACAUAAUUGUAAGACAAAUCACAGACAGUAAGUUAAAAACAACCAUUUAAAAGGUGAGAACUUGUUGCAGCAGUGCAGAAACAAAAACAAUUUAAAAAAAGGCUGUGCCUUAAAAAAAGGCAUGGCAGCAAAACUGAAUGUUCUUUUUCCAAUCUCAGCUAAGUGUCGGUACAGACGGAGACUAGCUCUGUUGGUGUCAGAUACCAGCAUGAAGGCAAAAAAUUGGUGUUCACAAAUUGCAUGAGUUAACAUAAAUAGGAUUUUUUUUUCUCUAAGUAUUGUCCUGAGUUUAAACAGCAUACUUGAGUGUUUUUAUAGUGUAGAUACAUUAGUUUCCCAGACUGAAGAAUUAAAUAAAGUGUUCUCAAGAGUUGUGUCAUGAAAUGAAAACGUGUCAAUCUUGUGCACAGGUAUAACAAUAAAAGCAUUCAGAGGUGAUAUUUAAUCAUCAAAAGAAUCUAAAGAAACCUCAAGGUUUUGGCUUUAAAGACUGAAUCACCCUCUUUUUUUACUUUGUAGGAUGAGGAGAAGUCUGUGAGACAACGCAGGAAACUCACCAGUGACACGUCUGAAGUCUCAGACUCCUGA